CGCGCUAGGAUCCUUGUCUGACUGCUUCACUUCAUCAUGUCGACGUUAUCUCUGAGAAUCGAGUUCGGGGGUGGUCUUGAGCUGCUGUUCUCAAAUCAGCGGUCACAUCGCAUCGAGAUCCCCGCACUCGUGCACGUCUCCGCUCCCAGUUCGGCUGGGCCAUCGUCACCGGACGAGCAGGAGUCUCAAAAGAAGCCGGCGGAUGUGACCUACCUCCUGUAUUGGCUGCGGGACAACCUACUGAAGGAGCGCGAGGAGCUGUUCAUGGAGCACGGGACGGUGCGGCCGGGUGUGCUGGUCCUCAUCAAUGAUACGGAUUGGGAACUUGAGGGAGAGGGUGACUAUCAGUUGAAGAACAACGACGAGAUCGUCUUCAUCUCGACAUUGCAUGGAGGCUAGUCCGACGUAAGGCGUCGGAAUUUUUCGUGACGCAAGAGCAGACCAAGAUGCUUAUCGUCCGACACUUGCGGUCGCGACAGGCGAACAAGAUUGCGCAUGAAAGCGUAGCGCUCGCUGGAGGGCACUUCGAGGGACUGUUGAGGCCUGGAGACGAGGUGAUGAAUCAUGCGCUCGAUGUUGUACGAUAUAUGAAUCAGAGUGGAGAGUGUAGCACAUCCGUAAACUUCACAGCGACAUACCAAUCCAACCUGCGAACUCGACUCGUAACGCGAGACCGCUUGCUCACUUCGACGCCGACCCCUUCCCGCUCCCCCACCACCCGCCUAACCACCCCGUGCUCCCCCCGCCUCCCCCACUCCGCUGCUUCGCAAGCACCGCCUCCUCCUCCUUCUCCAAACGGUCCAUCUCCUCCGCUGCACGCAACCGCUUCUCAAACGCCGCGCGCUCGAUCAGCUGGUCCUGGUCGACGGCCGAUAUCUUGGCGGCGGCCUCCUUCUGGUGCUUCAUCUGGCCGUACCACCAAGACCCGCCGACGACGGCGACGACGGUGAGGCCCUGCAUGACGACGCGCACGCGGAGCCAGUGGUUGAGCGAGACGCUGUCGCGCCGGCGGAGCUUGCUUGCGGCGACAAUGAGCGAGGCCGUCGUCAGGCCCGCGAGGACUGGGACGAACGGGUUCUCUUUGAACUUGCGCUCGAACUUGCCUCCCCAUGUCUCGAUAGGGUUGCCGUUCGCAUCGAGGAGGAGUUCAACAGGCUCUGUGCUCAUUUUUGGGAGAUGGGAAGAGAGUGCGCGCAGAGGCUGAGGAAAGAGUGUCCGCUCGACUCGACAGUCCGCUCGGAGGUCGUGGUAGUCGUCACCGUGGAGCUCGGGAGCCUGUCGACGGGAUUCGAGCUCUGAGGCCGGAUACCCAGUCGAGACGCUUGCAGGAGCACAACAGAGGAUGGCCGACGACGGCGAUGAGUACGGAGAGAGACUCGAUAUGCCAGUGACAGUGAGCAAGCCGGAGUCCGGUGUGUGCUCGCUGUACGAGACGGUCCUGAACGAUCUCAGAUCUGGUCCUGGAACGCCCGGGGAAAUGCUUGUUGUCGGUCGACUUUGAGUGGCGUCAUAGGCUCUUUCUCCGUUUGUUGCUCUCAUUGCUCUCUUGCUUGGCCCGCGGACAUAUCUUGCUUGUUGGGCCACAUCUUGUGCAACGGCGACCAUGCAGUUCGUGUCUCUACCUCCCGAACUAUUGGCCACCAUCCUGCUCGACCUCGGCUUCCGCGAUCUCCUCCGCUGCCGCCAGGUGUGCUCCCUCUUCAAGUCUGUCAUCGACGGAGACGUCCGUGCGCACUACAAAGUCGAGCUCGCCGCAGCAGGCAUGCAAGACGGCCCGCCCAGCGCCCUCACCCCCGCCGAACGCCUCUCCAUCCUCCGCAGACGCCAAGACGCAUGGACAAAGCUGGCAUGGACGGCGAAAGAGGAGGUCCCAAUGCGCCGCGGUGGCGUGUGGGAGCUGUACGGAAACGUCCUCGCCCAGGCAGAGGGUGAGAGGACGCUGCACUUCAAGCAGCUACCCUCCGCGAUCCGAGGAAUCAAGGGGAAGGAGUGGACGAUCCAGGACGUGGGCUGUAAAAUCCGGGACUUUGGGAUGGACUCUGCGCAGGAUUUGUUGAUCGUUCUCGAACAUUGUUCGGAACCAGAUGGGUCUGAAGUGACAUGUCGCGUGCAUUUGAGAUCGCUUUCGACGGGGGCGCCACACCCAGCUGCAUCGAAGACCGGCAUACUCACACCCUGCCUCCCUGAAGGCCGCUGCACGUACACGAUCCAGACGUCGGAGGACAACCUCGGCCUGCUGAUCUCGGGUCUGGACGAGCUCAUAUACAAACUUGUCAUCUUCAACUGGAAGACGGGCGCACUCCGCUUGUGUACGGCCGGACCCGAUCUGCCCUCGUUCGCGUUCCUGAGUACGCGCCACAUCCUGAUCGCGAUUCUUCCCGAGCUAGAGCUCACCGAAGACAACAAUAUCCGAGGCCCCAACGACCCCUACCUCAUCGUCGUCGACGUUGACGCGAACCCGGUCCCGUAUCCGCCUGCGCCCUGCGAGAGCAGCCCGGCGCCGACAUGCUCGACGGACCUCAAGUACGUCUGCGCGUUCCGCUACCCGCGCCUCGGGGACACAUUCAUCGUUACGGACAUCUCGAUCCGCUCGGACCCCGCGCCAAAUUGGCAGCCGAGCCCGAGCCUGGGCGUGCCGUUCUCCGUCUCGCGCGAGGACCGGCUGUUGGUGAUCACGCUGCAGCUCUACGAGGGCCCGACGCGGUUCGGGAUCUUCUCCCUCGUCCUCACCUCCACCUUCCUCUCUCGUGUGGCGAGAGUCGAGCGGGAGGGAGCAGAGACGGGCGGCGGGGACGUCGGGUGGACAGAGUGGGGCCCGCAGGGCUCGCGCCUGCUCCUCGCGCCCGAGACGCACACGAGGGUGUGGGUGUGUUACGUGUACGGGACGACGUUCGGGCUCCUUCGGUGGCGUGGCUCGCGCAAGGUGGUGCUCACGCUCGACUUUAACCAGCUCGCGAUCCGCCGGGCACGUCUGAAGGGCGGGGGGUGUUUCGGGCUGGGGGACUCGGCAGAGGCGGCUGCGGACGGGGCGUGGGACGCCGGGGGCGUGAAGAUGACAGAGAUGACGGCGUUCCGGCCAGGGCGGGUGUUCAAGGAGGAGGUGGCGACGGGGCUGGGGUAUUGGCUGCGGAUGCUGCCGUCGUUGCCGUUUGGAGACGAGGAGUCGUCGGACGGGACUUUGGAUGAGGAACGGCAGUUCGAGGCGGUGAUGUUGGCGGAGGACGCGUUUGUUGUGGUUUCGGACGACGAAGAUGUGCGGAAGUAUCGCAUUUUGACGUUUUGAAGGCGUGGGUGGCCUCGGGUGGGCAUGCGAGUCAACAGAAGCUCUUGCAAUGCGGCCUACUGUCUUAUACGAGUUCGUCAGAUCGAACGACUCGGAAGUGACAGAAGGCGGAUUUGCCCACAUGAGCACAGCUUGCCAUCGCUAUGUGCAGCCAAAAGUCAAUACAUGGCCACAGUGGUGCAAGGGGUGACGCGUUGGUGGUCCAAAGUCCCCGCAGUGGAGUCGUACAUGAAUAGUAUCGAUCGAACAGAGUUGUGGUUUUCUGUACGUAUUGUCGACUGGUUUCGACGAAGCGACCUUCGUCCAUCACAAUAUGAUUGUUGGUUACAUGUUC